AUGGUGGGCACUGGUGGGGCGCUGCGCGUACAGCUCCCGCAGCUUGGGGACCGGCUAGGGGCAAUUGGCGCUGGUGCCUGGCCCUUUGGCUUUGGGGCUCCUGCCGCCGCCGCCAGUGGUCAGCAGAAGAGGAAGGAGCGCCACGACCGCCAAGCUUCCGCGACCUCAUCGUCAAGUUCCUCCUCCUCCAUCUCUAGCUCCUCCUCUUCCUCACCCCGAAUCGCUGGCAGAUAUCGGGACGACGACGACAACGACGACGGCGACGGCGACGUUGAGGCACUGUCCCUCGGGGACCACGACUUCCCGCCCCCCUCGCACCAGUACCUGCGCAGGAGCUCGAAACGGAGGCGGCGUCCCCUCCCCCGCUGUGCAAUGUUCCUCCUCUGGCUCGUCCUGCUCCUGGGCAUCUACGGCGUCUACAAGUACCGCGCCGAAAAGGCACUCAAGGUCCGCUGGACGCCCGACCUUGACACCCUCAGCUUCAGCCAGCAGCCCCUGGCCGCGCCGCCGCACCACCUCAACACGUCCAACUACCGGUUCCCGCUGCGCACCGAGGGCAGGAAUGUCGUCGACGCCGACGGCAAGCGGUUCAAGCUCGUCAGCGUCAACUGGUACGGCGCCUCGGACGAGCUCUUUGUCGUGGGCGGCCUCAACAUCCAGCACCGCAGCGUCAUUGCCGACACCAUCAAAAAGCUCGGCUUCAACAGCGUCCGCAUGCCCUACGCCGACGAGCUCGUCACCGCCAACCCCGUCGUCGACCCCAAGCUCCUCACCAAGAACCCGGACCUCGUCGGCAAGACCGCCCUCGAGAUCCUCGCCGCCGUCACCACCUCCCUCACCGACGCCGGCCUCGCCGUCAUCAUGAACAACCACAUCACCGCCGCCACCUGGUGCUGCGGCGCCGACCCCUGCGACGCCGGCUGGCAGAACGACCACCUCGGCCCCAUCUGCCGUGUGCGCCAGACCGAGGAGGACUGGAUCCGCAAUUGGGAGACCGUCAUGCGGCCCCACGUCGACGACCCCCUCGUCAUCGGCGUCGACCUGAGGAACGAGGUCCGCGGCCUGUGGGGGACCAUGCCCUGGUCCUCCUGGGCGGCUGCCGCCGAGAAGGCGGGCAACCGCCUGCUCAAGAUGAACUCCAACUGGCUCGUCGUUGUCGAGGGCACAGAGUCCGGCAACGACAUCUCCGGCGCCCGCACUCGCCCCGUCCGGCUCGACGUCCCCAACCGCCUCGUCUACUCCGCCCACGCCUAUGGCUGGUCCGGCUGGGGCAGCCUCGGCGGCCGCUUCGUCCAGCGCACCUACGAGUCCUUUGCCGCCACCAUGCAGUGGAACUGGGGCUACCUCCUCGAGCAGGACAUUGCUCCCGUCUGGGUCGGCGAGCUCGGCGCCUCGCACUCGCCCGGCAUGGGCUCGAGAAACUACUGGGCCAACCUGUUCCGCUACCUCAAGUACCACGACGCCGACUUUGGCUACUGGGCGCUCAACCCUAGGAAGCCCCGGCGAAACGCGGCCGAGUCCUAUGCCCUCGUGCAGGACGACUAUGUCACCCCUAUACUAGACUAUCGCAUGAAGGACAUGCUGGAGCUCAUGUCGCAAUGA